AUAAGUUUGAUGCAGAGAUUGAAAGUUGAACUUCACUGCCCAUUUGAUAAUCAUGAUCAAAGCCUAAUAGUUGGAGUGUGUGUUAAUGAAUAAUGUCUAGACAAGCGGCCUUUUUGUGUGGCAUGUCAAUAUUAAUUUCAUUCUUCUCAUAAGAAAGACUUAAAAAGGUUUGAUGACUUUAAGGAUUUGCUUUGCGAGAAUUCUCAAUUAUCUGAGAAACUUAAAAGUCAACUUAAGGAUUUACAAUAUCUAGUUAAAGUUAUCACUCAUUUAGUAGAAGCUACUUAAUACCUAAACAAUAGUUAAAUUCUUUUGGAAUUGAAUUACACAGACCUACACAAUAAUAUAAAUACCCUUAUUACAUAAUGGAAUCAACAAAGGAAUUUAUGUGAAUUUUUAUAAGACACUUUUUCAACGAAUGUUAAAAACAAAAUUAACACUCUUAAAUAUCAAAAAUAAAAAAGUAAUUUUUUUUUUGCAUAUAGUUUCUAAUGAUGUUCCAAAAUUAAAAACAGAUGUUCUAAAACAGGAGGAUUUGUUUUAUGGUCUACCAGUCCCUAAAUAAUUGAAAGAUCUUACAAUUAACUCAAUUAAAGAUUCAACUUCUUUGGAAAUGGUGGAGGAUAGCAAGUUGAAAUAAAUUUCACAAAAAAAUUUUAAUAAUUAAAAGAAUUCACAACCUUUAAAGGGAUACUUUAAUCCAAAUGCGAUACAAGCACCUAGAUUAAAACCACGAGGUUAUAAUAACUUAGAAUAGCACUUAAAUACAACAAUGUAGAUCUCAAGAUCAGAAAAAUAUUUAGAAAAUCAAAGAUAAGAAUAGAUCGAGAACUUAAACUCUAGUUCAUUUGCAGUUUCGAAUCUCACAGAAUUAUUCCAAAAUGCAUCAAACAUGAUUUAAAGGUCAGAUAAAAAAUCCAAAAAUGCAAUAAAAAUCCAAUAAAUAAGCUGA